AUGUCCAAACGACACCUCUUCAACUCGCCCGAGGGCCUCGUCAACAAGGCACUGAAGGGAAUGAUUGCAUACAAUCCGAGCCUGAGUCUGGACGAAACCAACAGAGUCGUGUAUGAUUCUUCAUACGACAAGUCCAAAGUCAGCAUCAUCAGCGGUGGUGGCUCGGGGCAUGAGCCAGCAUGGACCGGCUAUGUUGGCACCAACAUGCUCACAGCUUCCGUUCAGGGAGACAUCUUUGCCAGUCCUAGCACGAAGCAGAUUCUAGCUGGCGUGGAAGCUGUGCCAAGUGACAAGGGCACCAUUCUCGUCAUCACCAAUUACACGGGCGAUUGUCUGCAUUUUGGCCUCGCCAAUGAGAAGGCCAAUGCCGGUGGACACAACUGCCGCAUGAUUAUUUGCGGCGACGAUGUAUCCGUCGGAAGGAAGGGAAGCAUGGUUGGCCGCAGAGGCCUAGCCGGCCAAAUUGGUGUGCUCAAGGUCAUGGGCGGUGCUGCUGGAGCCGGGGGGUCGCUCGACGAUGUCUACGACCUCGGCGUCGCCUUUUCGCAGCAGAUUGUGUCGAUUGCGGCAACUCUAGAUCAUUGCCAUGUCCCCGGUCGAACUGAGCACGGCAUGCUUAAUGACGAUGAAGUCGAAAUCGGAACUGGUCCCCAUAACGAGCCCGGGUAUAAGAAGCUUUCCCCGGCCCCGUCGCCGUCGGAGCUGGUCAGGCAAGUCUUGACGCGGUGUCUUGAUGAGAGCGACCCCGAGCGUGGCUACGUCAAGUUUUCCCCCGGUGAUGAAGUCAUGCUUCUCGUUAGCAACUUUGGGGGCAUGUCGCAUCUCGAAAUGGGGGCUCUGGUGGACGAGCUGCUGGAGCAGUUGCAGCGCGACUGGAACAUGGAGCCGGUUCGCAUUUGCGCCGGCUUUCUCGAAACAUCUCUCAAUGCCCCUGCCUUUUCCGUCUCUGUCAUUAAUGCCACGGCUGCGUCAAAGAACUGCAGAUACUCGGUUGAGGACAUCAAGGGGUUUUUUGACGCCAGAACCAACACGCACUGGGAGUCCAUGGCAGGCUCCCAGGUGAAGCGACGCAGCCGCAGGGCGCAGCUCGUCCAUGCUCCCAAGGAAGCUCCCAAGGCCGUAGACGAAAGCCGCGACUUGAAGCUCGAUCCGACCGUUCUCGAAGAUAUGCUACGAAAUGCGUGCACACAGCUCGUAGAGGCCGAACCCGACCUGACCAAGUGGGACACGGUAAUGGGAGAUGGGGAUUGUGGUGAGACUCUCAAGACUGGAGCCACCAGCUUGAUGGCGGCACUGGACGGCGGCUUAGCAAAGUCCGGCUCGGUCGUCAAGGUCUUGGUAGAGCUGGAGGACAUUGUCGAGGGAAAGAUGGGCGGCACGUUGGGGGGAAUCCUGGGUAUAUUCUUUGUGUCGCUACGGUCCGCUGUUGAAAAUAACAUCGGCAUCGCCGCCACGGAAGGCCCUGUGGCUCUUUGGGCAAAGGCUCUGGCUACUGCACUCGGCAGUCUGCGGAGAUAUACUCCCGCCAAGAUUGGUGACCGUACCGUCAUGGACACCCUGAUUCCCUUUGCCGACGCGAUGGGCAAGUCUGGAUUCAACGACGGCGUUCAGGCAGCUGUCGACGGGGCUGAAGCCACAAAGAAGAUGAGGCCUCGAUUGGGAAGAGCAACUUAUGUAGGAGCUGGUUCGAGUGACGGCCAGGAAUUGCCCCCCGAUCCGGGUGCUUGGGGUGCCAUGGUUGCUAUCCGGGGCUUGCAGAAGGUUGCUUCAGGUUGA